AUGGAGGGAUGCUCUUAUUACCUGGCAAUGGUACUGGUUCAGCUCAUAUAUGGUGGAUCAAACAUCCUCAUAAAAUUCUCCCUUGCAGAAGGACUCAAUCCGAUUGUCUUCGUCGUUUACCGGCAUGUUAUGGCUAUGGUUUUGGUAGGACCAUUUGCAUAUGUACUUGAAAGGUUGGAGAAGUUGAAGAUUAGAACUGCUAGAGGUCAAGCUAAGGUGGCUGGCACACUUUUCUGCAUUGGUGGUUCUCUUGUUUUCACUUUCUGGAAAGGAGGAUACCUAUUUAGAGGUUUUGUAAAGAGGCCACUGAUAAAUACAUCUGUUGGUGAGAUGAGGCAUGUUAAGGAAAACUGGAUCAAGGGGGCUCUUCUUAUUCUGACGAGUCACAUUGCAUGGAGUGCAUGGCUAAUCCUCCAGGCUGUGGUCUCCAAAGUCUACACUGCUCGAUUAUCGCUAACCACGAUGAUAUGCUUUUUCGCGUCGUUGCAAUCUUCUUUUCUUGCCCUGUUUUUCGCAAGAAAUCUAAUUUCAUGGAGACUGGAGUGGAACCUGCAACUUCUAACCAUCGUCUACUGCGGAGUUGUAAUCUCAGCAUUAGCCUACUACCUACAAACAUGGUGCAUCAGUUACAGGGGACCAGUUUUUGCAGCUAUGUUUAGUCCACUUCAAGUCAUUAUAGUGGCAUUGUUCUCUGCAAUUGCUUUCUCAGAGAGACUUCACUUUGGCAGCUUGAUCGGAGCGUUUCUCAUUAUUGUGGGCCUCUACUGUGUGCUGUGGGGAAAGAGGAAAGACAAUCUUGUUGCUGAACAGACAGAGAAUGGAAAAGGGGUACUUGAAGACAUAGAAGUGCUGGAGAAUGAUAUUUCAGUCACAAAUCCAGUCGCUAGAGAAAGGACAUGA